UGAAGUCGAAGGAAUUGUCUGUAGACUUCCGAGACCGGAUUGUCUCGAGGCACAGAUCUGGGGAAGGCUGUAAUAUAACAAAAUGUAGAAAAAGUGAAGCGCUGUGAAUACUUUGCGUAUGCACUGUAUACAGUGCGUAUUUGUUUUGGUAGAAAAAGCUGCCAAGUUAUUUGAAUAUUGUUAGCCUAUAAUUGUUAUGUAUGUAUGUUUCUAAACAUUAACCCGAGGCACUUGUUAGCUUUUUUCUUUUUCUGGGUGGCGCGUGCUGCAUUGAUCAAAUACCUGGACAACCAUAUGUUGUGAGACAUAUUAUUAGGUGUACACAGCACGGGAGUACUACAUAAUUUUGGGAUGAAUACAAUUGAGGAAAUGCACUUCAUCUGCCACAAUAUCCAGUUGAACAAGUCCUUUGCAUGUGGUGCUUGCCCAACAACAGGGAGCUUUGGAUCAGUUGCACUGGCCAACCGAGUACCCUGCAUGUGGCGGCCAGAAGCAGUCCCCAAUAGACAUCCAGCGGCGCAGCGUGAGACACAACCCAGAUAUGUUGCAGCUGGAACUCAGCGGAUAUGAUGCUCAGAAAGGAAAUUUUCUCAUGUCCAACAACGGGCACUCCGUUCAAAUCGACCUGCCUCCCACUAUGGUGAUCACCAAAGGCCUCCCAGGGAAAUACACAGCUGUCCAGAUGCACCUGCACUGGGGCGGGUGGGACCUGGAGGCCAGUGGGGCGGAGCACACUGUAGAUGGCAUCCGUUACAUGGCAGAGCUCCAUGUUGUCCAUUACAAUUCUGACAAGUACAAGAGCUUUACUGAAGCCAGAGAUAAGUCAGAUGGUCUGGCAGUACUCGCCUUUUUCUAUGAUGAUGGGCAUUUUGAGAACACCUACUACAGUGAUUUCAUCUCCAACCUGGCCAAAAUCAAAUAUGCAGGUCAGAACAUGAACAUAUCAAGCAUUGAUGUGCGCUCCAUGCUCCCUGAGAACCUCAACCACUUCUUCAGAUACCAGGGAUCCCUCACCACGCCACCCUGCUACGAGAGCAUCCUCUGGACUGUGUUUGAUACUCCCAUCACUCUCUCACAUAACCAGAUCAGGAAACUGGAGAGUACUCUGAUGGAUAUGGACAACAAGACCCUGUGGAAUGACUACCGUAUUGCUCAGCCUCUCAACAGCCGCGUGGUGGAGUCAUCUUUUCUUCCGCGCUUAGGGAAAGGAACAUUUUGUCGGCAAGAUGAGAUUGAAUCGAGGCUCCUGAAGAUUGAGGGUCUAAUAACAUCUCUUGGAAAGCAUGUCACUUCAGGUGGAUUUCGCAACUCAGGGCCUUACAGACAUGAACCUCAUGGUCUGUUUCCUUUGGUGCUCGUCUUCCCGGAGAAAAAUUCUGGAAGUUAUGCUUUGGCCCGCCUCAGCCAUCCCAUGGAGCUGGACUCUUUCACAGUCUGCAUGCAUGUCUUGCCUCAGCUCGAGGGGGUCCACACCGUCAUCUCCUACGCCAGUAACGGCAAUGACAACGAGAUGAUGAUAAUCAUCGGCGAGGACAGAGAUGCGAGAGAGGUGGGGCUCUGGAUUGGCAACGAGUUUGUCAACCUGCCGCACAACGUCAAGUCCCACGACUGGACCAACUUCUGCAUCACCUGGUCGUCCCACACUGGCGGCGCGGAGCUGUGGAUCAAUGGCAUGGUGGGGGAGCAGCGAAACCUGAAAAGCGGUUACACAAUCAGCCCUGGCGGUGUGUUCAUCCUGGGCAAAGACCAGGAUGGAUUACUGGGAAUCUCCAACGCAGACGCCUUUGUGGGUAAGAUGACUGAUGUCAACAUCUGGGACUAUGUGCUGACCACAGCAGAUAUCCGAGACCAGAUGUCAUGCGAGACAAACAGCACCGUGGUGGGAAAUGUGUUCAGCUGGGGAACCACCAAACUCAGUCUGUUUGGAGGGGUGCAGCUGGACAGUCAGUACAGAUGCUCUUGAAGAGGCUCAGCUGCUUCUGUUCACAUGUGCUUUAAAAGGCUGCAGUAAACCAAAUUAUCAAUGCUGAUGGUGGGGAUUUUAAAAUGAGUAUGACUUUCAGGCACCUGUAAUUCAAUUUUUAAUGCAAACUGUAUCUUACAGCUUCAGUCAUGUAUUGUAUUCAUACCUUUGCAUCGUCAAUAAAGGCUUAUAAGUGA